AUGGACUGUAUCCGUUAUAUUGUCUAUGCAUCGCCCCGCACACGCGCGCCUUGGUUCGUGGAGAUCAUCUGCACCACGCGCCCUAGCAACUGCAGCAUCAGCACGAGCAGCGUGGUGACUCGCUACGACAAAGCCACGCACGGAUCCGCUGUGACGGUCUCUCUCCGCUCUGCAAGCAAAGGAUCUUCCAUCCCCAGCCCUGUUAUUUGUUAUUUCCCUGAUAUUCUUCGCGCUAAUCUGCAACGUGGAUCCUCGCUACCUGAAAUAUUUUCAUCGGAUGAUAUAUUUUCACCAUCACGACAAAACGGACUGUUCAUCCUCAUCAUCAACAACACCGUGCGUUUCAGCAGGCAGGCUACAGCAACGCCCAUAGCAACCUCUCUAUGCGCAUCCACGAGCCAUCUGUUCAUUACUGCUUGUUUGUGUCUGUCGUCUCCGUCUCCGACAUCUCUGCUCCGCUGUCGCCCUCUCCCGGUUCCUCCCCCUGAUCCCCCCCUGUCUCGUCUCCAGGUUAGCGGCAGGUCUCAUCUCUCGCCUCGCUGCUGGGCACGUAUCCUCCAUCACAAGGCCUCUUCACAGAGAGCAGCUGAUUCAGCUCCUCCCACUUCCUCUGGCUCCUCCCAACUGUGGCCCCUACUGGGCACGCUCCUUGGCUCUUACCUUAUUGGUCCCCGGCCUCAGGACGGAAGCCACGCCCACCACACUCCCUGCAUGAGGGACAAGGCCACUCAGACCCCCAGGGCCUGGGCGGAUGAGAGGAGGCGGGGGAGCCACAAGAGAUCGGCCUCCUGCGGGAGCACCGACCAGCUCAAAGAGAUUGCUAAAUUGCGACAGCAACUCCAGCGCAGUAAGCGCAGCAGUCGUCACCGCAGGGACAAGGACCGCAGGUCCCCCUUCAACGGGAGUCAUGCUGCCAUCAUCCAGUCACAGGCCCAGAUGCCCAAUAAGACCAUCCUGAUCCCCGUCCCCAAGUCGACGGCGCCUCGCUUCAGGAACAGUGUGGAGGGUCUCAACCAGGAGAUUGAACGCAUCAUCAUCCGUGACACACCACAACUACGAGAUGAGGUUAUUAUUCCCCAAGAUGUCCCAGACGGGCACCGUGCCCCCACCCCUCCCCCCCAGCGCAGCAGCUCCACCCGAAGCAUUGACACACAGACCCCCUCAGGAGGGGGCCUCGGUGGCGGUAAGCAUAGCAACAGCAGCAGCCGGCCCGACUCCAUCUCUCCCUCCUACCUCACCAUCCUCAACGAUAUGGGAGGAGGCAGCCCCUACCCCGCAGAGGAGAAAGAACUGGGUCCCUGCUCACCUCUCCCGAAGUAUGCAGCGUCUCCGAAGCCCAACAACAGCUACAUGUUCAAGAGGGAGCCGCCGGAGGGCUGUGAGAAGGUCAAGGUCUUUGAGGAGUCACUUCCCAGACCCCUCCAGGAGAUUCCUCCCUUCCUGUGUCCGGACCGUAACAAGGUGAACUUCAUCCCUAAGAGUGGCUCAGCCUUCUGCCUGGUCAGCAUCCUGAAGCCCCUGUUGCCCGCCCCGGAGCUCAGCUUCAGAUCAGGGGUUGGCCUCCGCAGCCUGUCCCCCAGCUUAGUGCCUCUGGGUGGGGUUGGCCUGCGCAGUCUGUCCCCCUCCAUGAUGCCUCUAGGUGGGGUGGGCCUCCGUAGCCUGUCCCCUUCCAUAGGGGUAUCCUGGGGCACGGUCCACCAGCAACCCUGCCUGCCCAGACACCUGGAGGAACCAGAGAGCUAGAGCACCACACUUCUGCCCCGGAGGACAGACUGCUGAAUAACAUCACAGUCAGAUAAAACAUAAUGAACAUAAUACCCUGCUGAUCGAGACGCCUUCGACAUGCUAACUCCCCUGGUCAUAACUGUCCCCUGGUUCUACCUGCUCAUUCUAACUCCACCCACUGGUCCUACCUGGUACCAACGUUCCACUGAUCCUAUGUACCGAGAGGAUACAGGAGACACUUUUUAUUUUCAUCGCAUUAAACCAUGAAACCUCUCCACAUUUUCAAAUCAUUAUAUUAUGUAUCUUGAAUUAAGAUGUCUUCCAGUGUGAAGCUGUGUGGUUUCCAUGGUGAUCCAGGUUGUGUGGUUUCCGUGGUGAUCUGGGCUCAGAGAUAUUGUAGCAAAACUAAGAUGGGCGGGAUGAAAGAAAAACAAUAAUGUGCCUGAAGACCUGUCUCAUGGUGCCUGUCCAGUGUUCUGCUUCGUCUGCCUCCCCUCUCUCUCUCUCAUUCCCUCCCUCCUUUCCUCUCUCCCUUCCUUCCUCCAUCCCUCUCCUUUCCUCACUCCCUCCCUCCCCUUUCCUCCCUCC